CGCCUACGUCGUCGGCACUAAUUAAGUCCCAUCAUAUCAGUCAAUGACGUCCUGAGCGAGCGCGCCGCUGGACUACAACAAGCACCUCGUGAAGCUCUUUUGCUUUGCCACGAAUAGAACCCUCAAUUUGUCUCUCCCAUAAGCGCUCGCAUCAUUCAAUCCCGGUGUCUUGCCAUCGACUGCCAAGCACGCUAUGUCUCUCGCCGGCGUGAGAGGCACCUCGCGUGUCCUGCGUAACAUCGCAAGGCCAGCUGCUGUAUCCGUGACAUGUACUCGUGCCGCAUCUUCCAUAGCUCUGGAGGACCAGCAGCAGGCCCUCUCAGCCCAUCUGAGCAAAGCUGACCCCGCUGUCUUCGACAUCAUUGAGAAGGAGAAAGACCGCCAGAAGCAUUUCAUCAAUCUGAUUCCCUCCGAAAACUUUACGUCGCAGGCUGUACUCGAUGCUCUUGGUAGCGUGAUGCAGAAUAAAUACUCGGAAGGAUACCCAGGGGCCCGCUACUACGGCGGGAAUGAAUUCAUCGACCAGGCCGAAAGGCUUUGUCAACAGCGCGCCCUUGAAUCGUUCGGCCUCGACCCAAAGUUAUGGGGUGUCAAUGUUCAAGCUCUCUCUGGCGCUCCAGCGAACCUCUAUGUCUACUCUGCCUUGCUCAACACCCAUGAUCGGUUAAUGGGUCUAGACCUACCACAUGGCGGCCAUCUAUCUCAUGGUUACCAAACGCCCACAAAGAAGAUUUCAGCGAUAUCAAAGUACUUCGAAACUCUACCGUACCGACUGGACGAGACUACAGGAUACAUCGACUACGACAAGUUGGAGGAGAUGGCAAGCAUAUAUAGGCCAAAGAUUAUUGUCGCCGGUGCGAGUGCUUAUAGUCGACUAAUCGACUAUCAGCGCAUGCGGGAGAUCUGCGACAAGAUCAACGCCUACCUACUGGCCGACAUCGCCCAUAUUUCUGGCCUUGUUGCAGCAAAGGUCAUUCCUGGUCCCUUCGCCUACGCCGAUAUCGUAACCACAACGAGCCACAAGAGCCUAAGAGGUCCCCGAGGUGCUCUGAUCUUUUAUAGGAAAGGCGUGCGGAGACAAAAUCCCAAGACGAAGGAAGAUAUUCUUUAUGAUCUCGAAGGUCCUAUCAACAGCUCUGUGUUUCCCGGUCACCAAGGCGGUCCGCAUAACCACACCAUCACCGCUCUUGCUGUAGCUCUCAAGCAAGCCCAAACUCCAGAGUUCCAAGCAUAUCAGUCCCAGGUUCUGAAAAACGCCAAAGCUUUCGCAAAGCGGCUGAGCGAGCCCAAGGGCAAAGGCGGCUUGGGAUACAAGCUUGUCAGCGGAGGUACAGACAACCACUUGGUCCUGGCUGAUCUCAAACCCCAGGGCAUUGAUGGUGGUCGAGUUGAGCGUGUCUUGGAGUUGGUAGGUGUGGCGGCCAACAAAAACACAGUCCCGGGGGAUCGUUCUGCUUUGGUUCCUGGUGGCCUUCGCAUGGGUACUCCUGCCAUGACUACCCGUGGCUUUAACGAGGAUGAUUUUGUUCGUGUUGCUGACGUUGUGGAUCGUGCCGUCACCAUUACUUCUCGUAUCGACAAAGCUGCUAGAAAAGCAGCAGAGGAGAAAGGUGAGAAGAGCCCUGGCAAGAUAAAGGUUUUCCUAGACCACCUCGGUGAUGGUGAGACGGAAUCCGAAAUUGUCCAACUACGAAGUGAGGUUGAGGAUUGGGUUGGCACAUAUCCUCUUCCAUGGAGCACCUCAGAAUAAUCUCCUGCGGAUGCUUAAAGUAACAAUCGAUGGAUCGGUUCGUCGAGUAUAUUAUCUUCCUCACGGUUUUGGAACAAUAGAUACCAAGCAUUGUAUAAUUCUCUCCC